GUCGUUUCCUCAUUCGCAAGGCUGAAGUUUUACGACUCGGACCUGUUCAAGGCUAUCAGACGGUAUACGAAGUCGCAUCUCAACCAGUUUACGAUCCGCCAGGCUGCGUUCUUCGCCCGCGCGAUUCUGGAAAACGACCAGGAGGCAAGUUUCAGCAACUACGGGCACCGCAUGCUGGCGAUACGCUGCUUCUUGGAAGAGGAAAUGGAAAUCAAUAAGCCGAGAAAUCGGUUUUUGGAAAUGAUUUUGGAAGCGGUCUUUCUACACCAGGACAUCAAGAUGAAUCAUGCAGCACAAGGAGCAAAAGCGACGUCUUCUUCACCGUCUACUUCAACCGUUGCUGACGUGGCGGAUCUGAUAAAAGCGAUCGGCUACUAUGAGUUUGAGAACGACGAAAUCAAGCCAAAAGUAAUCGAGUUUGCCCUUACUAUGAUACCAAGCAUGCCGGCGUUUGAGCUGGCACGGUGCGGCAUCGCAGUCGCGGAAAUGAUCGAAGCGGAAGACCGGUUUUAUGGUACAGACAAAAUGCAAGACAAUUCUGAUUUCUCAUCGUCCUCUUUCCAGCUACACCCGGAUUGUGAUGCUGCGUCAGAUUGUUCUUCUCUAGAAAGACAACGCGUACUAGGAGUCCUUGAGCUCGCGUCUGCGGUCCUAGAAGCUUGCAACGCUGUUCUUUCCGCACGUACUUCACGCUCAGUAGGCACAAGAAGAGCAGUAGAACCCUUUUCAACAACAUCUUCUGCAUCUUCCACACAACAGGUGACUGACGAGGGCGAGCACAACAUCCAAGCCGUCGCUGGAAGAACCGUAGCGGAGGGGACGAAUUUGUCUCCCACCCAAGUUGCGCAACUUCUGUACACCAUUGGGACGCUGUCGAGGUUUCUUCACGACAGACGGACGCAUGUUCUGUCCAAGGCCGCUGCAGCUGCGCGGCACGAUCUGAAUCUUGAUACCCUCCUCGAGAAAACGUUUUUGGACGGGAAGGCCCUGUCGACUUGGUAUCCAGAGAGCACCGUACUUGCAAUAGCCGGAUUGACGAAUCUCUCCUCGUGCUUCUUGUGCGCGACAACAAAUUCGAAACAGAAGAGUGUUGAGAACUGCAUGGAACCGGUCGCUACGCUUCUAGAGCAGUUGCUGAAGCAGCUCCGUAGGCACGUCUGUUUUCUGACCACCGAGGAAUGCUUGCUGCUGAUGCAGAGCUUCAAGGACUUAGCGGUAAACUCGGCAACAGAACACGCAGUGAAAGCGGUAGCGUCGUUGCAUCCGAGAGAUGAUUUUUUCUCGCAAAAUAAGGAAGGAGGUAAAAACGCCAGCCGGUACUUCAAGCAAGCCUGUGUCAGCUACUCGAAAAAGAACGGGCUUUUACCACUUCAGGCCGUCAUGCGGGGAGAGAGUAUGAAGACGGUGUGUGAAGAAGUGUCUAAACAGCUGCUCGGAAAUCGCUUGGGAGGGGCUUUUGGCAUGUUGGAUCGGGUGGUGUUUCUCCAAGUAUUGGAAACGGUGUUCGGAACCACAGAAAGGGUACAUGCCGGAAAUUUUUUCUCCGCAAUGCAGCUACCAAGGAGCACGACUACAACCACAGAAAGAGUUUCUGGCGGCGAUAGCUGCCGGCAAAGCACAUUAUUACAACCGAUCGCUUUCGAGUCAUGGCUUAGAAGUGUGCAGCGCCAGGUUGAACGAAGUUUCGUCCUCGGGAGAUUUCUACUUCCUGGUACUAACGGUGUCGGAGAGAUAAGAACGUCAGCGGCGGCGGUGGCGAAAAAGGAGAAAACGAAAAGUGAAGACACAAUCCCGCAAGAUGCAGCAGCUUCUGCGGAGACUAAACCAGCGUGUUUGGAAACUUUGCUGUUUGAAAGCUUGUCCAAAAAGCCAGCGGUUUUUUCCUCGAAGCAGAAUGUGAUUGCGUUCAAGAACAAGGCAACAGCUCUGGCGAGCAGGCCACUGAUUUUCUCGUUCACCAGAACAGAAAUUCUGCGCAUCAUGGAGGUUUUUGCAGCCGGGUUACUAGAGAAACCAUACCACGGGAUGAAGAAGGAAAAGAUGCAGCUACUACGCGAAGAACGUGGUGAACUACAUGGUGAUCAGUUGUUCCACAGCCUGAUGCAAUCCGAUGCUGCCAGUACGAACGAGGCUGUUCUUUCUGGUUCAAAACGGUUUGACACGUCGAAGGGCAAGGGGAGGACGACGCGGUUGUCGUUUUGUCAACUUCUGGACGCAAAGUGCUCGGAGUUUUUACCUCGUCAAGAACCGACAGAGGAAGGGCAUUGCCAAUUAGUUGCGACAGCAGGAUCAGGAAUCAAGCCUGCAAUCGCCGACUUCUGGUGCCGGCUUGUCUGUGCGCUCGCGGUUCUGGGCGUACGAUUAGAUUGCGUUGGGAAGAUUUCAGAAGCUCAGUGGCUGGAAAUGAUAAAGCUGCAAGAUGAACAGCAGGAUGAAUUGCGGGGUCGAAACUUCGACGCGCGGACUGGAGAAAACAAAACCUCGCAGCAUCACAGCUCUCCACCGCCUGCUGCUAGCUCUAAAACCGUUUUUGCCCUUGUGGAAUUAGGACUUCUGAAGAAAACCAACCGAGUUGAAGGAUUUUUGGACCAAGUAGCGAGUGGAGAUGGCGAUGAUGAUGUUUCCAGUCACUGGCUAAGAUACGUUUGGUGCACGGCACAAAAUGGCGGCGCGGAUAAGCCGAGUGGAGCUUCGUGUUCAUCAAGACGUACGGUAGAGGAUAUCUGCUUUUCAACAGCGACAGAUUUCCUAGAACAGACAUUGCUGGCACAAAUACGUUUGGAGUUGAGCGCUAGAUCCGCGCGGGGUGCAGCUGUAACAAGGGAAGGAAACAUACAAACUAGCAGAGCAAAUUCCACACCUUCGUCCCGUCCUUUAUCCCGCGAAGAACGGGCGGUCCUUGCGGUGUUGGCGACGAAGGGCGUGGCGCACAUUCCACAGUACAGAAUUGCGAUGUCUAGAAGUUCUGCAAAAGACGCUUGCAAUCCGUACGGAACAACAGCAGUCUUACCUUAUCGAAACGAAGUCUUGUUGAUUCACGACGAUAUUCCGCCGGAGAGAAGUCAAUGCUCUGCCAGCGGCGAUAAUGCUUUGGCAGAAUUUCGACCUGAAAACCUCUCUCCUGUGAUUCACAAAGUGUCCCCGCCGCCCGCGAAGUGGCUCGCUGAAGUUCUUUCUUCGGAAAGACCUCCGGCUAACAGACAAGCAGAAACUGGUGGUCACGACGGUGAUACGGAGGACACAGAACAAAAUGGUAAGACCGCAUCGGCGUCUCUGUUGACACUCCGGGAAACAACUAGGAUUCAAGAGAGGCAGAUCCUGGAGUAUGGUUGUACCUCUGACAUCGGGGCAGCCGGUAGCACAAGCAAUGUCGCGCGGGUGAUCUCGAUCAUGCGGUCUGAAGUCAAAAAAGCCAUGUUGCGACGAAAGUUGGAGGAGUUUGUAGAGGAGCGGAUAAUGAUGUUGUAGACACCAUAUUUCCGCGUACGCGUUAUUUUUUCCAAAAAGUUGGUAUUGUCAAAAUCUAACGACUAAAAUCAAAAGAAAAAACUAACGCUGAACAAGUCGAUCUAUUUUUGAACCCCUGUGCUCAAGAGCGAUCAAAGAAAAGUG